AUGGCAGCGAUGACCUCACCUAGGCCGGCAGUGAUCCCGGUGGCCGGUGGCGCUGGAGCGCCGGCGAGACCAGUCAUAAUGGUCAUGCCUCCUGUAGUGACCGUGCCACCAGGCGGCGUCAGAGCGCCAUCGGCAGCCAUUCAGGGCGUGAGACAGGGCAUCCCAUUUGUGCAGAUGCCGGUGCAGGUUCCCGAAUUGGAACCUAUCCCGGGAUGCCCUCCCGGACUCGAGUACCUGACGCGCAUCGACCAGCUGCUCGUGCACCAACAGCUUCAGAUCCUGGAAAUGCUGGUGCCGUACGAGCAGCAGAACAAGUACGUCGUCAAGAACACCAUGGGCCAGUUCAUCUUCAUGGCGAACGAAGAGAGCGACCUGGCGAGCCGCUGCUGCUUGGGCAGCUGUCGUCCCUUCGAGAUGGCGCUGCUCGACUACCGCAGCGUCGAAGUGAUGCGCCUCUACCGGCCACUUCGCUGCGACAGCUGCCUAUGUUUUUGCUGCCUGCAGGUGAUGGACAUUCACGCACCGCCGGGCACCGUCAUCGGCUCACUGCGGCAGGAGUGCACCGUCGUGUACCCGCUGUUCUCGGUGCUGGACAGCAGGGGCAACGUGACGCUUCAGAUCCAAGGGCCGUUCUGCACGACGGCCAUGCUGUGCAACGACAUCGUCUUCGACAUCACCACCAAGGACGGCAAGACGAAGAUCGGCCAGAUAACGAAGAACUGGACCGGCAUUCUCAGAGAGGCCUUCACCGACAUCGACAACUUCACAGUGGUCUUCCCCAUCGACCUGGACGUCAGGAUGAAGGCCGUGCUGCUCGGUGCGGCCUUCUUGAUUGACUUUAUAUUCUUCGAGAACGGCGCCAGCGGCCCCGUCGGCGCCGCUGACCUUCCCGGCAACAUCAUCAAUUAG